AAAACGAAUUACGAUACGAUAACUGAAGUCUGCUCCUGCUGAUUGCUGAUCGUCGGUGGAUUUGUGUUAUUGAAUCUCGAUGUUGCAAUAAAUCGUAGCCUAAAGAAAUAUUGAAAAUAAUUUAACAGUUUGUUUUCUUUACCGGUCCAAAAGAGGGACAAAAUGUUCUCUUCCCGGUGUUGGAGUUUGAUUUUCGUCACUUUUACUUUAUGGUGUUUAUGCUCAUGUUCUCUUGUAAGGGUUCCAUUGUACAAGUUCCAGUCUGUGAGAGACCAAUUACGAGAUGUCGGAACAGAGAUGGCCAAUAUUAGGAUCCGCUAUGGAGACGGCCCACAACCCGAGCCACUGUCCAACUAUCUCGAUGCCCAGUACUUUGGACCCAUUUCUAUUGGAUCUCCGCCCCAGAGUUUUAAAGUGGUGUUUGAUACUGGCUCCUCGAACUUGUGGGUUCCCUCGAAGAAGUGCAGCAUCAUGAACAUUGCUUGCCUACUCCACAACAAGUACAACAGCAAGACUUCCUCGACCUACAAACCUAACGGACAGAAGUUUGAGAUUCACUACGGCUCGGGUAGUUUGUCUGGCUUCUUAUCAGAAGAUGUGCUCACGAUGGCCGGACUCACUAUCCAGAACCAGACGUUUGCUGAGGCAGUAAGUGAGCCGGGUUUGACGUUUGUGGCGGCCAAGUUCGACGGAAUCCUUGGACUCGCCUACAACUCCAUCUCCGUUGACAACGUAGUUCCUCCUUUCUACAACAUGGUUAACCAGAAGCUGGUGAAUAACGCUGUCUUCUCAUUCUACCUCAACAGAGACCCUGCGGCUCCAGAAGGCGGUGAAAUCAUCUUCGGAGGAUCAGACCCGGCUAAAUACAGCGGAGACUUCACCUACUUAUCCGUGGAUAAGCAGCAGUACUGGCAGUUUAAGAUGGACAAAAUCGUGGUUGGAGGCUCCAAAGAGUUUUGCAAGGACGGAUGCGAGGCUAUUGCAGACACUGGUACUAGCCUCAUCGCAGGACCUGUGGCCGAGUGUACGGCCAUCAACCAAGCCAUUGGAGCUACUCCGAUCAUGGGAGGACAGUAUGUGGUUAACUGCGAUCUCAUUGCAAAACUUCCGCAGAUCAACUUUGUUUUGGGAGGAAAAUCGUUUUCUUUGAAUGGAACUGACUAUGUUCUGCGUGUGAGUCAGUUCGGCAAGUCCAUCUGUCUAUCAGGCUUCAUGGGAAUCGAAAUCCCGCGCGGACCUCUGUGGAUCCUCGGUGACGUGUUUAUUGGACGCUACUACACGGAGUUUGACAUGGAGAACAACCGCGUAGGGUUCGCUAAUGCCAAAUAAUUGCAACAGUCUGAACUUAGCCAGGAGGUGAUGUUUGUGCCUACCAUGAAGAUAUACCACCAACAUGUGGUAGCUAGAUUUGUAAGAAUUUACAGUAAGGCUGUAUGUCCAAAGAGAUGAUUGGGGGAUUUUUUAUGAGUCAGUAGUAUUUGAAUUUAUAUUUAGCAUUUAUUUGAAUGGUGGUUAUUUUUGCCAUUGAAAUGUUUUUAGGUAAUAGUGUAAAGAUUUGGGUUAUGUGGCUACCAGUUGUAGCUGUUUUGCAAGUUUAUCAAUGUUUUUAGUCCAAUUACCUGAUCAAAAAUUGGCUGUAUUUUUUAUUCAAAUGGUUUAACAUAUUUUAUGUUUUAAUAUUUUCAAUAAAUAUCCUAUGAUA